ACUCGCGAAGACAUCGUGGGUUAUGACAUUAGAUAGCAUAUACAUGCUAAUGAAAUCUAGAAUUUUUAUUGCAAGUGUAGUUUGUUUGGAACUUAAGCGUUUGUCCUCUAAUAGUGUGUCGCAUAACCUAAAAAAAGUUCUUAAAAAUAUGCCGAAGGAAGUGAAACAUACUGCUGCGCUUCAAAAACAAAGGCAAAAAUUGAAGGAAAAAAACCAAAAAUAUAUUCCUGGAACAGUUACUCUUAAAGUUCUGGGUAGCGGCGCAAAAGGAGCCGCUAGAUCGUUGUAUGUUUUCACCGAUCAAUCCAGGUAUCUUUUUAAUUGCGGAGAAGGAACUCAGCGAUUGGCUCAUGAGCACCGAAUGAAAUUGUCGAAACUUGAACAUAUUUUUAUUACUCAUCGCUCAUGGGAGAAUAUUGGGGGAUUGCCAGGUGUAGCAUUGACAAUUCAGGAUGUUGGAGUGCCGGAAAUAACAGUUCAUGGACCUUUGGGAAUAGAUGAGAUCUUCAAAGCAACUCGACGAUUUGUCAUUCUUAGAGAUUUAUCGGUUAAAAUGGCAAAUUGCACAGCUGACACCCAUUUUGAAGAUAAUGUGAUGAAAGUAUUGUAUGUUCCAAUUGAACCUGCAGCUGAAAAUCUGAAUGAAAAAUGUACUUCUUACGCAAGUAACGGUGUCAACAGUGUACAUCAAUCAACAAUUAAAACAACAGAUGAAGAUGACGAUGUUGAUUAUUAUGCUCAUGAACGUAAAAUGAAAAUUGGUGUGGAUAGCAAAGAAGCCCGAAUGACUAUUUGGGACUUAGAAUCUGUGAAUGAUCCUGUUGAAAGAGGUGUUCAACUAAUUCAAGAAUUCCAUGGACUGUUGACUGAGGAAGAACAAAAGAGAAAACAAAUGCGUACUGAUACAGUCAAAGUACAAACACCGCAAGGAAAUGGUACAUCAAUGUGCUAUGUGUGCCGCCUUCAGUCAAGGCCAGGAACACUCUGCCUUGAAAAGUGUGUAGAGAAAGGAGUUCCUCCCGGUCCUCUCUUGGGAAAACUGAAGUCUGGUGAAGAUAUUGUGUUAAAGGAUGGUACAGUUGUCCAUUCUGCAGAUGUUCGCCUGCCAGAUGAUCCAGGACCAGUAUUUAUAGUUGUGGAAUGUCCUUCUGUGCAGUACAUAGAAAAUCUGGUUAAUAAUCAAUUGAUUUCACAAUACCAGAGCUCUGCGGUCAAAGAGGAAGACAUGGCAAGUCUUAUUGUCCAUUUUACUCCUCAGCAUGUUAUGACUGAUCCUCGCUAUAAAAAUUGGAUGGACAAAUUUUCAAUUAGUACCCAACAUUUGAUUUUAAAUGAAGAAAACAGCUGUAUGGGAAGUGUAGCUGUUCAUAGGGUUCAGUACAAGCUGAAUUUGUUACAUCCACACCUAUUUCCUUUGUUAGGAGACAAGAGCAUUAAAUUAGCCGAAAACAUGCUUGAUAGUAAUCUCUCAAAUGAUAAAAUGAAUGGAGAUGAAGAUAUUGACAGAUCUACCUAUGGUAGUGACUCAGUGAGCUGUUUUAGAGGAAAGACAUUUGAUUUGGUGCACCUGCGACCUAAAAAGAUGUGGGACAGCAAGGAGUUCAUUAAUGAAACAUAUGAAGCAGAAGGAUUUUUAGAAACAUUGAAUAAAUUGAAACAAGACAUUGAGAAAAUGGAGCAAAACAUUACUUCACAAGAGUCUGACCCUCAAAUCAGUUUCCUCGGAACUGGUUCAUGUAUUCCAAAUAAGACAAGAAAUACAAGUGGAAUUCUUUUGCACAUUAGUGAAACUGAUAGCAUUUUAUUAGAUUGUGGAGAAGGAACUUAUGGACAACUUGUGAGACUGUUUGGUCCGGAGAAAGCAGAUAAUGUAUUAUUGGGAAUAAAAGCAAUUUUUGUUUCUCAUCUUCAUGCUGACCAUCAUCUUGGACUUAUUGGUCUUUUAAAAGCACGAAGGAAGGUUAUAGACAAACAGCCGAAGACCAACUACAUCAAACCCGUGUUUUUAAUAGCACCUCAGCAAAUAAUGUCUUGGUUGAGUCUUUAUCAUUGGAAUUUUGAACCAAUUACUCAGGAGAUUUUGCUAGUCCCAAAUGCUCAUUUG